UGCCGCCGCUCCCCGCCGCGCUCACGGCUCGAGCCGGGGGAGCGGAGCAGCCAUGGGCCACCGCCAGCAGCCGCUGUAACCUCCCCGUCCCCCGGGGCCGGCGCGUCCCUCCUUUCCCUGCCGGCCGGGCGAGGUGUUUCCCCGCGGGGCGCGGACCGGCGGCCGGGGCCCGAGAUGUGACCAUGGACAGCAGGAUCAAGCAAAAUCCAGAAAGUACAUUUGAUUUGGUACUCAAGGUAAAAUGCCAGGCUUCUGAAAAUGAAGAUCCGGUGGUACUGUGGAAGUUCCCGGAGGACUUCGGAGACCAGGAGGUGCUGCAGAGUGUGCCGAAGUUCUGCUUUCCCUUUGACGUUGAAAGAGUGUCCCAAAAUCAAGUAGGACAGCACUUUACCUUUGUGCUUACAGACAUUGAAAGUAAACAAAAGUUUGGAUUUUGCCGGUUAACAUCAGGAGGCAAAGUCUGCCUCUGUAUUGUAAGUUACCUGCCAUGGUUUGAGGUGUACUACAAAUUGCUAAAUACUCUGGCAGAUUAUUUGGCUAAAGAACAGGAAAAUGACUUGAAUGAUAUGUUAAAAUCACUGUAUAGCCACCCUGUGCCAAAGGCAAACACUCCUGUCAGUUUAAACGUGAAUCAAGAGAUGUUUUUUGCAAGUGAGCAAGUUCUGAAAAAUCAGCCGUACCUAGUAUCGCAUUCGUACUUCAUUACUCCUGAUCUAACUGGAUUGCCAACAAUCCCAGAAAGCAGAAAUCUUACUGAAUAUUUUGUUGCUGUGGAUGUGAACAACAUGAUGCAACUUUAUGCUAGUAUGUUGAAUGAGAGACGAAUCAUUAUUACCUCUAGCAAACUAAGCACUUUAACUGCUUGUGUUCAUGGGUCAGCUGCAUUGUUAUAUCCAAUGUAUUGGCAACACAUAUACAUCCCAGUGCUUCCUCCACACCUUCUGGACUACUGCUGUGCACCGAUGCCCUAUCUAAUUGGAGUUCACUUAAGCUUAAUAGAAAGAGUAAAAAAUAGAUCACUGGAGGAUGUGGUUAUGCUAAAUGUUGACACAAACACUCUAGAAAACCCAUUUAAUGACCUGAACAACCUACCUAGUGAAGUGGUCUCAGCCUUGAAAAAUAAACUGAAGAAGCAGUCUACAGCUACGGGCGAUGGAGUAGCUAGGGCCUUCCUUAGGACACAGGCAGCAUUGUUUGGAUCCUACAGAGAUGCACUAAGAUACAAACCUGGAGAGCCUAUCACUUUCUGUGAGGACAGUUUUGUGAAGCAUCGUUCCAGUACGACCAAACAGUUCCUGGAAACUGCAGUGAAUCUUCAACUUUUUAAACAGUUUAUUGAUGGUCGACUAGCAAAGCUAAAUGCUGGAAGAGGGUUCUCAGAUGCUUUUGAAGAAGAGAUCACUUCUGGAGGCUUCUGUGGAGGAAAUUCAAAAUCUUACCAGCAGUGGGUGCAUACAGUAAAGAAAGGAGGUGCACUAAUCAACACAGCCAUGACCAAAGCCAGCCCUGCUGUGAAGACAGCAUACAAAUUUGCAAAAAGUCAUGCAAAGCAGGGAAUAAAAGAAGUGAGGAGUAAGUUAAAACACAAGGAGAGUGAUGAAGAAUAUGGAACUUGUAGCUCUGGUGUACUACAGUGUGCACCAGUGUACACAUUACACAAUCAGAAAAGAGGAAAUUCAGAAAAACGAAGACUUGCCCAGACGCGUUUCAACCAACACCUUUCCAAUGUCAGCAAUCAUGAUUCUGCCCUGGAUGACGAUGACGAUGAUGAAAUGGACAGAACAAGCAAGUUAUCGUCUGAAGACAGCGAGGAAGCUUCCACUUAUUUUUAUGAUAGUGACGAUUCUGGUGAAACAGGAGUAAAGUCUUAUCACACAGGAGAAAUGGACUUGCUGGGAGAGAUUUUGGACACGCUGAGCACACACAGUUCAGAUCAAGGAAAGCUCUCAGGAGCAAAGAGCCUGGAUUUCUUUAGAUCAACGGAUGAUAUUGAUUAUAAGGCUAUGAACAAGUCUAGUGCACCUAGUGAGAGCAACCUCGCUCUGCUCUGUAGUGGUACUAAUGAUCCAGUGGAGUGGAAUCUUGGUCAGGAUGAUAGUGUUCUCCAUGGGAAACAGCUCCCUCCAUCGCCAAGGAAGCAAGUUGAUUUUAGUGACCAGAUGGAAUCUGUCUCUGUGCUGCAGGAGGAAAAUAGUGACAAAAUCCUUAGUGCUGACCAUGUGGAUUUCCCUAAAGAUUUUGUAAAGUCAUCUUCUCCAACACGAUCAGUUGCACAACUUGCUUCUCUGGAAUUUUCCCAAGUAGAUGACUCCUUCCAUAGGAAGAUAAAACCGAAUGAAACACUAAGCAAUACCUCAGAGGAUCAGCUCCCAGUGAACCUUUGUCAACAUCCAUCCAUUCUAAUUCCUUGGCAAAAAGAAGGGGAUGAAGGAAAGGAAACCCCAGAAGAAAGCGAGCUUCUUCAUGAAGUUGUGUCAUUAUGUAAAAUAACCUCUGCUUUCCACCACAGUUUAAACAUUUCAGAGGAUCAUUACUCCAGUAAUAGCAGUGGAAAUAAAGCGUAAGGGAACUUUGAGAAGAGAAACUACUUCCAUGAGAGGUUAAAGAGAGAUUACUCAGGAGUCCAUGUAACACAUGAUAACCAAAAGAUCACAAAGGAAUAAUUACUUUUACAUUUUAAAAUAUUUCUGUUUGUUUAGUACAUGGAUUUAGACAUCUGCUUAUAUGUUUCUCAGUUAAUUUGUUGGCUGUGUUUAAGUCCACAAGAUGGAACUAAAUAUACUAAUGCACUCUUAAAUCAGGUACUAGUUUGUAUGUAUGUGAAAUAUACAACUGGUGCAUGGUGCUUACUAAUGUUCCUUUGUGCAGCAGGAAGUGUAUCACCUUUGCAUAUAUCCAGAUACUGAAGGUACUGUAUUAAUCCUGUUGGGCAUGAAAUGAACAAAACAGUUUAAAUUUUUCAGAAAAUUACAAAUAUCGAUGUUUGUAAUGAUUUAAUUGCCUUAAUCAUUUGGGAAAAGGUUUAAAUAUCUUACAAGAUGACUUGCAAACAUUCAGAAGAGCAAUAAUGAUUUUCCAUGGCAGGUAUCUGCUUGAGCAAAAGGGAAAAAGACCUUUUCCAAACUAAAAGGUCUCUUGUCAAUAAUAGGGAGCUUGUUAUAAACAGAAACUGUGGCCGUGUCUUCCAGACCUUGAAAAGAUGGUGCAUACUUUUCUCUUAUGAAGUGCUGAAUUAUAAUGUGAAGUUACUUAACUUCUGUUUACAACUAAGGCACUUUAAAGACAUAUUAUCCAGUGUCUCAAUGUAGAUGUUUUCAUCUAGGAAUUUUCAGAAAGGAAAGUGUAAGUGAAAUUGAUAGAUUUUAUUGCUGUUUUUUAAAUUUCUACAAUUUAAUAAUUCUAUACUAAAAUUAAUUUGUGCCACUGCUGAACAUGACCAUUUGAUUUUUACAAGCCACCUUUAAAAGAAACAUUAAAUUAUUGCUUUUCUUCUUAGGAGUUUUGUUUAGUUGAGCUGUGCAGUAUUUUAAAGAGCAGUGAAUGAAGAUUACUUAUAACACUAGACAUCAAAAGUAAUUGGUUCAGCUAUUAAGAAUGCAAAUUACAAGGAAGGGAAUUAAAUGGAUGCUGCAUGUACUAUAUUUAGGCAUAAACGUUUAUCCCCCUUCGAGCAUGUAGCAUUCCUAAAGGAUAUUUCUGUAUUUAAAAUUCAAAUAGUAGAUUCCUCCCUGAGUGGAGCACAUCUAUUCAUUGUCCUUGUCCACCCCUCUUUGUCCCCUACCCUCUGUGGAUCAGAACAAGUACAUUCUGGAGUGAACCAUACUAGGCCAAAAAUGGCAACUUUGAAUACUGUCUAUUGGCAUGUGUAACACAAAGCAAGGAGUAACAGGAUUUGGCACUGUGAGGAAUGCUCUCCCACUCUUCCUCACCAACAGAAGGAAUCUUCUUCUGUGGCAAGGACGGCUUAGUGGUAUCCUCAGCACAGACCAGGGAGAGCAAGUUGAAGAAGGCAGGGGUUAGGGGCAGGUUGAGCUGCAGUACUUUGGUAGUGGAUCACUGCACAGGUUAACACCAGUUGUCAUGUUUGGGUUUACAAAGGAAGUUUCCUCUUGGCUAAUGCAAUUUGGCUUUUCUUUUCCUGUUUUAUCACCAUGAGCAUCAGGCAAUUGGUUAUGUCAGGUGGCUCAAGGGAAUUGGUGUGCGAUCCCUUUGGGGAGGUUGCGGGGCGGUGGCUGUUUGAUGCUCUGCCCAUGAGAUCUAGUGUCUAAUACUAUCUUGUCAUUUCACAUAAGUUUGUUGGCAACAUCCCUGGCAUUGUAAAAGAAGGUCUUGUAUCCCAAACUACAGACUCCGGAUGGGAGAAAAGGAGCGGGGAAGCAGAUUUUAGCAACACCACUGGUGAGGAUGGGCCGCAUGACUGGGUAAUGGUAUGAGGCCCUUCCACCAAAGUGUCCCGUUUUACAUACAAAGGAAAAGGUCAGGACUCACAAUUCAUAAUAUAAUGUCCUUGGCUGAUUAGAACAUGAAAGUUUUUAUAGGUGUGUUCAGUGUAUAUUUCUGAAGAGGACCUCAGCAGCUUAUUGGUGCGGAGGAUGAUUGUAAGAUUUGCAUCUUGAUCUGUCUUGGGGUUUUCUGUAGUACAUAUCACCAUAGUAUCUGAGAUGCAAGUGGAAUCUUUAUUUGUGUUAUGCCAAAAAGUGGCACUUGGCAAAGCUGUGUUUGAGUUACUGAGGACCAAAAUUAUUAACCCGUAAACUAUUAAACAUUUUAGCUGGGUUAUCAGAUAUCAAGAAAUAGGAAGUGUCAGGUCUGAACAGUGUUUAAAUGGGGGAGCUCGAAGGAAAACACAAGAUGUUGCAGGAGGUGGUACAGGGAAUCGGGAAGUGGCAUUUUUCUUUGUUGGUCCUGAAUCAGUACCCAAGUAGGUUAUGCUGUGCUGUUAGGUGCAUCUAAGAUAAGACAGGAAAAAGAAAAGUCUUACCAAUCUCUUAGCACUUCUCGUUUGAUUGUUACUCUGAUAACACUAGAAAAAUGAAAUGUUCAGUUGCAUUCUUAUUUGUGUAACUGCAUUUUGCUAACCUUAAGUCCCAGAUUCAACUGAAUACAGUAUUCUUUUCCUGUUGUGUGGUGUUCCUGUGUACAGUCCCACCCUUGAGAAGACAGCUUUCCUUUGUAGGUUUAACAGGGUUGCCACUCUCUGGUAGUGCCUCCUUGCAUAUAGGUCAGAGAAAGUCACUCUUGCUGCAUCGGGUGCCCCCUUGCCGCUCAUUGCUUGCUCUGCAAUAGCCCUUCUUCAAAUAACUUGGCCCUCUAGCUAGGUUACCAUUUAGUCCACCCCUCCUGGUGGACUUAUAAAGUCCAACAGGACAACUGCCCAGAUGCUGCUGCCAGAUGCAUUCAGCCCUCCUCGGGCUCUGUGCCACUAUACCAGUGGCAGGCAGGGGAAUCCGGAGCCACCUGUUAUAUCAGGUUCCAGCUCAGGGACCUUAUAAUGAGCAAUCCAGGUCCUCAUUCCCAUUCCCUGGCACUGUUUCCCCAGUCUCCUUCCUACCAAGCCUCCGUAUCUUCUCUUUCCUGGUUCUCAGUUUACUACUGGAGCCAACUGUACUCCCCGUGGCUACUUCACCCCUCCUAGCCUCUUGCCAGACUCCUUACACCAGGAAAGGAUCUUACACCAGAGCUUACUCUCGCCUUGGAAUUCCUCCUUGCUCCGGGAGGCCUCCCUCCUCCCAGGGGAGCAACUGCGGACUCCUUUACCUGCAAGCUGCCUGCUGCUUUCAGCCUCCUGGUUUUUUAGUGCUGGCCCAGCCCUCCCCCAAGCUGGGCUUCCCUCUCAGUUAACCCUGGCCCUCCUCUCAGGUGAUGUCAGGUGACCUAAUUAGUGCCUCAGGCCCUCAUUCACCCUAUCAGGGCUGGUGUGGGGUGCACACCAUAUCACAAUAGGUGAAGUGAAUUCUUGGGUAGGGCUAGGAGGAAUCAGAAUGAGAUAAUGUGAAAAGACAUUAGGAAUCUACUAGGAUAAUAGGCACUAUGCACAUUUGUAAGAUGUUAUAUUAAAUGCUUUUAUAUCUUAGAGACGUAUCAGUUUCUGUCUUGGAGGAAAAAAUAAGGUUAUCAGAAAUUCUAGUCAUGUUUACUUUUAAAUCUAUAAAAGCAUCUUUCGGGAAUGCAGCUUGAGAUUUAAGGAUGGGGUUUUCAAAAACAUCUAAUGGACCGUCUUUCACUGACUUUUGAUAGGAGUUGGGCACCUGACUCCCUUAGGCACUUCACUGGAGGAGAAUUUGUAGGGCAUACCAGGUUGCUAAUGUCCCUUUAAUGAUUAUUAGGAGUAAAGCACUGAAAAAAUGAUUUGGGAUUUGUACAACAUUGAUGCCUUGAUGGGUUAUUGUUUUAUAAGUAAUAUUCACAUCUCUGAUAAGUGAAAUUGAAGAAGUAGAAAGUUAAUAGAUGGCUCUUAAAAUUCAACUUUUUGAAUUAUUUUUUAUUGCAAUAGCCAUGAAUGUGUUAGGGUUGCCACACUAAUGUCAAAUCCUUCCCAUAUUGCUGAUGUGAUUCGUAGAAUGUUUACAGUAUUUUGACUAUUGUGUCUUCCUUCUUGUUGAACCUACAUACCUUAACAUAUAGCCUCGUUAUCUAUGUCUGAUUAAUUUAAAUUUAGCCACAUUUUUAGAUUCUUUACCACUUGAUAUCAAAUGUCUUUUUGAAAGGCUAAUAUUGGUGCCUUAUUUAAACAUACAAAAUUACCAGGCAUCUUCCAUAUUAACAACAAAAAACCAGUUAACCAUGCCAAAUUUAUCAAAUAGAGUAGCAACUCUGCUAUGUCCAGCCAACACAGCUCUACUCUGUUCUUAGUGCAGUAUCAGUCUGUCUGUAGGCCACGUCUACAGUAUUUUGAUUAUCACAGAGAGUCCCAUGGUAAGAAAAAUUGUCCAUGUCAAGGAUUUUACAAGUUUUCAACUAUUCUCAUCUGUGUGAAUUCUCCUAAUGCCUUCUAAAGCAUCAGCGUUAAUUUCCAUCUACUGGUGAGAGCUGAACUCAGUUCAGUGAAAAAGCUGCUCAGGACUCCAGUAGAGGCACCUGUUUUUUUAGCUGAAUCAGUAUCUUUAUGAGUGUCCCAUUUCCCCCCCAUGAGGGAAAUAAGAGAUUUUUUUGAUUUAACAUUGCACUCUCUUAUCCAUACUUAGGGACAAAGUCCUGACCUAGUCAGUUACACUGGGACUUGGAUUUCACGUCUUCAGUUCAUCUCUAAUAGAUUGUGCACCGUGCCUCCAUGAAGUGAGCCAUAUCCCCAUUCUGCUUAGAGAAAAACAGCAUGAGAGCAUCAGGAGAAGGGACAGUCACUCUUCAGGAUUCCCCUCUCUGACUUUUCCCUGUAUUGUUCCAUUGGGAUGAUACAGCUGGGCCCCUCAACCCAUGAGCAGAGGGUUCAUCCCCCAGAACCUGUGGAUCUUAGUGGGUAUUCUGGAGUCCUGGACCUUGUCUCACUCCAGCUGUUUUGCAGUGUGACUCCAAUGAAGCCUUUUCAUCAAAUCCCGCACAGGGGGGGAAGCAUGAUCUGUGGCCCCCAUUAUAGCCUUCUCAUCUCUCUAUGUGUAGAUCCCCAAUACUGUGAAAAUCCUUUACAGAAGUCCAGAGAUGGACAGAACUAUGGAUGCCAAUCCCUGCCCUCCCUGUAUGCAUGCAGAGAGAGCUCUGUACAGGAGAUGAUUGAGAACAGUCUGUCAGUCACAGUGCCAUGUAUUGGGGUAUCGUUACUUCAAAAAUAGGCUUGUUUUGAAGGAAGAGUGGAGUUCGAGAAGCUGAGAAAUAAUUGUCCUGACUGAAACCUUCACAGUCACGUAGCAUUUCUGAGAGUGAUAUUGCUGAUUGGCUAAAGGUGGGAUUUUCACAAAGUCUCAGCAUUAGCUAGACUCUGCUUUCAGAGAAGUCAAUGGGGCAUUUUAACAUUGACUUCAGUGGGAGCAGACUUAGACCAACACUGAGCAACUUUGAAAUCCUACCUAACUGUUAAAUUUUUUAAGAUUUCACAAUUUGGGUUUUUCUGUCUUUCAGGCUGUAGAAUGAGUUUUUCCUAACCCCAUGUUAUUGUUAAUUAUAUAUUUCUAGGCAAAGAAAUUUUAAACCAGUUAAAUAGCCUUCAAUUUUCCAUCCACAAUUAAUUGUGGGUUCAGUUCUACAGAACAAUCAGUUGUGCAACCCUCAAAUCAUAUUGGUAAAUGUCUAUAAUCUGUUUUAUGUGCAUGUAAAUGAUUGAGGGAACAAAACUUCAUGCAGGGAAACUAGAUUCUAGGUUGAGGCCCUUUUGAAAAUGUGGCCCUUUGUGUAAUAAAACUUACAUUAGUAGCCCAUUCAGGAGCAAGGAGCCUACACAACUGCUGAUCCAUGGAAGCUUUGCCCUCCAUCCUCCCUGUCAAUACUAUUACAAGGAUUGUGCCUGUUCCUAGGGGUUUACAUAGGGGUUUCUGUCUUAGCAGAUGCUUAUUGUCACAUAAGGCACCAUGGGCUGACUGCCCAAAAGGAGUUAGGUGCCUAAGUCUCCAGUUUUGGGAUCACUGCUUUGCCCAAUAUUCCCACUGAAACCCUGAAGGCACCUAAACCCACUGGACUCCCUAGAAGCCCACAUUUCUGCCUCUGAGCACACACAGUGCUUCCUCCCCGUGGGCAACCGGACACCUAUUUCCUGCAUAAGCUCCAGAAUGAUGCACAAACCAGGAGAAAACAACCUUUCAGCGUUAAACUUGCCUGAGGGGUCCAAUCCAGUAGGCAUGCUCAAAGGCUGCCCACUGAAUCAGGCCCCCAUAGAUGAGCUUAUACAGAACAGCCAGAGGAAGCAGAAGAAAAGGACUUCUCUUGUAUCUUUUAGCACAGUGGUUAGGGUACUCCCCUGGGAGGUGGGAGAAGGGGUUUGAACAGGGAUCUGCCACCUGUCAGGUGAAUGCUCUAAUUAUGGGCCUGUGGGAUUUUAGCCGGGCCGGGGGUUUCAACCAAAAUAAUUUGGUGGUGUUAUGCAAAUUCAUUAAAUGUUUUGAUGUCGCUGAAUCUGCAUUUUUCACCAAAACAAAUUUAGGUUGAAAACUUUUGCCCAGCUGUAGUUGAGAUGAAAAAUUCAAAGUAUGAACUAUAGCCCAGGUUUUACUACAGUAAAAUGUGCUCAACAGAAGCUAGUUUGUACAUUUCUUAGAUCACUUUUAACAGGAUUCACAUUUAGAAUCCACUAACAGUAUUAGCCCUGGAACAAUAGAAGUGGAAUUCAAGUAAAUUGACAUUUGAUUCUGAUUGUGUAAAAUGCUGUUAUGUUUCUGUUAAAGUAAGGGAGCUACUUGGAUGUGGAGGGACACAUAUUGACUUUCAAAAAAUUACUGGAUUUUGUGCAAUAUUUUUCCUUUUCUUUUUUUGAAGUAAUUUAGUUCCAGCAAAUAUGCACAUCUGCUUUUCAAGCAGAUCCUUGAGAUCAUAUUUUUGGAACUGUAUAAAAUUACAUGUAGCAUUUUAAUAUGGUUGUAUGAUAAAAAUAUAAACAGUACGUUGUCACCUGGCAAAUGUGCAUCUCCAAAUGUGACUGGAAAUGAUUGUGUUUGUCAUGUUAUUGUACUAUAGUAAUAAACAUGGUUUCAGCAGUGAUUAAUAAACAAGUAAGCAAAAGUAAUAAUGUCUAUCUUCUACUCACAGUAUGUUACAAGAACAUAGUGGGAGUAAUUUCUGUUUAUACAUUUAGAACUUCUGAUGCUUAGUUUAUCACUUGAUUUUUUUUUAACAAGUUAAGCAUCUAUUCUCAAUAUAAUCAAUACAAUCAAUGCUAGAUAAUAAUUUAUGGUGGUUACUGUAUGUAUAUCCAGAAUCUAGUUUGUGACAGCCCUAAUUGUGAUAAAUCAUUGCUUAAAUCAAUUGUUGCCAGUACCUUUUUAAUUUUCUGUAAAUUAAAUUAUCUAUUGAUGUACAUUUUGUUUUAACCUUCAAGCUUCUGUCAAGAACUGGUUUAAAUUAAUUUACUUGAAUUGGGCGAUAAAGCACUGUGGAAUAGUUAGUUUUGGAUGCAACACACAAACAAGCAUAUAUUGUGUUAAUUCACCAUUUUGUUCAGGAGAAGAUAAGUAAAAAUGUUUCAUUUGUUCAAGGAAAUAACUGGUUUUUUAAAUCUGUGUCUGAAAGAGAGAAGGAAAAAGCAUCAGCAUUGAACAGAGAGUAAUAACCUGCCUUGGCAUUAUUCCUAAACUUUUUUUCAGAGCUUUUUUUAGCCAUCUUUGGGAAAAGUCUUUAUAAAGCUCUUAUGGGCCAGUAGGGACGUCUUUAAUUACCUACCGGAAAGACAUGAAGUACAGGAUGUUUUGAGAUGUAAUUCUUUUAUUGAUCCUUUUAAUAAUCACAGAGGUAUUUAAAUAAAUUGUUAACACUGUGUUCUAGCAUGUUUAUAAAUAGGAUCAGACACUGGCUUUUAUUAAAACUGCCACCAAAUUUAGGACUUUACUCUGUGCUGUCGCACACUUUAGCCUACAGUAUGAAAUCAUCUCCAGAAUUACAGACCAGACCUUAGACUACUACCAGUAGCACGCUGUGUAUGUACAAUAAAUUGUGUUUUUUCCAAGUUAUAAUGUCAGUGCAAAGUUUUUGGUGAACUCCACAUUACCAUAAAGUGCCCCACAUUGUGUUAUAAAAUAAAAUUUACCAAA